AUGAUCGAGAUUGCUGGGUAUUUCCUACUGGGAUGUCGCUGCUGUAUCAUAUGGCAAGUUUCCACAGAAAUACACGGGAAUGCCGCAGUCAAGGGCAAAAUAUUUUCCAGUGACCUGCCGUUUGGCGCCGUUAGGCUUGUGCGGAGCCCAUCGCUAAGUGCUGCCGUUGAUGCAACUUGCAGCGUGCACCCCAAGGCGUCUGGCUACGAGGCUGAUACGAGCACUCCACAGCAGAGAACCAAGCCUGGAGUUUGGGUUAUUCAAAUGAGGUGCCUAGAGUCGACUUCCAAACAUAAUUAUGCGCAAUGUAACAAGAGAUUCUCAAGCGGACGCGCAUUCCUCCAUUCUGGGCAGCUGUCACUCAUCAGGAAUCAGGGUUGGGGUCUUGAUUCUAGAGAUGACAUGCCUAGUCAGACAACUGCUGCCCCGCACGAGACCAGGCAACUCAAGGCAAGAGCGGCUGAUGAAGAGCGAUGGCUGUCUUUCGGCCACUCGGGACGGAUGUUCACGUGCGAAGAAUUUUUGGGAUUCGCAAGGGGGCUGUAUUACUUGGCCGGUUGUCAAAAUCCAGGCCAAAAUGGCCUCGAGUGUAGGGUAAUCGAAGAGCAACGUUGA